GGCCAGCAUCAUUUGUGUUCCGAGUCUCGUUCGGUGUGGACGCACGCGUAUUGUCGUCGCGGUAACCGUGUCGCGUUUUAACAGUUCAACUUCAGUGUUUCGUAAAGAAUGUUUACAACAGUAGUAAAAUUGUGCUCAUCGCAUGCUAAUCCAAGUGGAUGCAUCAUUCAAAUCACUAAGUUGAGCUAAAGCAAUCAUUCGCGGGCAAAUAUUUUCGUGUUUCUUCGCGGUCGUGUGUGAAACGCCGGAAUACCCGGCACAAUUUUCUCUGCGGUGUGCAGUAGCACGAUAUUGCAAUCAGCGUGUAUGUGACGGUGUAAAGUGUAUAUCCAUUUUGUUUUUGUGCUACCGAGUGGGGCAAAACAAGUGAAACAAGUUGUAAUUUAAUUUACAGCUCCUUCUUCGUUGAAGUUGUGGCUGGUGAAAGAGCAUUGGGCCAGUAGUGUGCAGUGGUGUGGUGUGUUUUGGCAAUCGGUUGCUGUGUUAAGAAAGCGCACCAGCGCUUCGAAAAAUAAAAACACCCGACAAAACAGCCGGGCUACGUAAGUCUAUUAUUACAAUCAAAGCAGCAAGCGACAAAAAGCAAGCGUGCAAAAUUCCCCUCCUGUGUUGGAGAAAAGUUGCAAAGGAAGAAAAUAGAAUCGCCGCCACUUUUUUUCCGGCAGCGUGCGGUAUACAGCGAGCCGGCGUUCCAUCCGUUUCCGUGGUGGUAGUGGUAGUGCGCACGCGACCGUGUGUGUACGUGCAUUGGUGGGUGUUUUCGGUUGCCUGUUUGUGCGGUGUUUUAUUUUGCGGGGCCCGGUAACUUUUCGGCCGGCCAGAAAACGUGAUGUAAAGUUGUGGUUGUAGGCGUGAGUGCGUGCUCGGUGCGGUUAAUUGGUGUUAGUGCGAGAGUCGUAAACGAAACAGGGCCGUUUGUGUACGGGCGAGUGUGAUGCACCGUCGCCGCGAAAUGUGCGUUCGUGUGUGAGAGAAUUCUACCCUGUCUGCAAAAAAAAAGAAAGCCAAAAAAAAAAUAAAGGGCACCUGUUCAAUGUUUUCGCAGCAUCGUAUCGUUAUUUGCCGGUGUGUUGCUAUGUCAGUGUGUGAGUGUGCAUGUGUUUGAUCGGGAAAGAAGUCGGCAAAAUAAUAUCGAAGCAAGCUGAAAUUAGCAAUUGCCGGUCCACAGUGAAAAGUGCAGUCAGAACGGUGUUUUGUGAAGAUAGCAACCGAAUCGAAAAUGGCCGCUUUACGGCGGUACGGAUGGAUGGCCGUCCUGCUGUGUUUGCUGCCCGUUGCGAUCGCCAUCCAGCAGCAGCAGGAAACGAUCGCCGGGCACGAGGUGGAAACCAGCGUUGCCGGUGAAGAGUUUCAGCAUCACAAUCGGUGCGAACCGAUCACGAUUCCGUUCUGCGUUGGCAUACCGUACAACCGUACGAUACUGCCGAACCGGUUCGGUCAUACGAAGCAGGAAGAGGCAGCACUCGAGGUGCACCAGUACGUGCCACUGGUAAAGGUCGAUUGCAGUCCCGAUUUAAAGUUCUUCCUGUGUCUGCUGUACGCACCGGUCUGCACUAUUCUGCCCUAUCCGCUGCCACCGUGUCGGAGCCUGUGCGAAAGUGCCCGGGCAUGCGAGAACAUCAUGAAAACGUUCAACUUUCCGUGGCCCGAAAACCUGGAAUGUUCUCAGUUCCCGGAGAACAGUGACGGUAAUCUGUGCGUGUCGAAGGACAACUCUAGCGAAACGACACCGAUACCGACGAGCGCAUCGUCGCCAGGCUAUCCGACCAAAACGGUCGCUGCACCCUAUAUACCGCCACACCGGAAAUCGUCCGGCUCGGUGGGUGGGGCCGGUGCCGGCGGCAGUCUGGUCGGCACACACCGAGAUUUAGGCUUCAUCUGUCCGGUGCAGCUAAAAGCACCGACCCUUAUGGGCUACCAGUUGACCAUCGGUGGAAAGGUUACCAAGGAUUGCGGUGCACCGUGCAAUUCGAUGUUCUUCUCGGAAAACGAGCGUACCGUACUGAAGUACUGGGUCGGUUCGUGGGCUGCCGUAUGCGUUGCGAGCUGUUUGUUCACGGUCUUAACGUUCCUGAUCGACUCGUCCCGCUUUCGGUAUCCGGAGCGUCCGAUAGUGUUUCUGGCGAUAUGCUACCUAAUCGUGGGCUGCGCGUAUGUGGCUGGACUCGGUGCUGGUGAUUCCGUUGCCUGCCGGGAACCCUUCCAAUCGCAUAUCAAAAUCGGACGAAUGCAAAUGCUAUCAACUAUCACACAGGGCCAUCGUCAAUCAACGUCGUGCACGGUGCUGUUCAUGGCGCUGUACUUCUGCUGCAUGGCAGCGUUCGCCUGGUGGGCCUGCCUGGCACUGGCCUGGUUCCUGGCGGCCGGUCUCAAGUGGGGCCACGAAGCAAUCGAGAGCCGUUCGCACCUGUUCCAUCUGGUGGCGUGGGCAAUACCGGCGGUGCAAACCAUAUUCGUGCUAGCGCUGGGAAAAGUUGAAGGUAAACUCGAUUACAAACAAUAUCUGCCCAAUGCUAUCGGGAGGGAUAAUCUCAUACUUCUUCAAAAAAAGGUAACAAAAACUCAAAAAGCGAACAUCCAGGAUACGUUUAUUUGACCACGAAAAAGCGAACGACGGGAUUUCGUCCCGUACCAGCAAACCAGGAACCUAGUUAAAUUAAAAUAAUCCAUCACGCGAUACGGGAAAUUAUCGGAUUUACAUCGCGCAGCGAUACGUGUCCCAUGCAAAGGCACCAUUGCUGUCCUUUGCCGGACCACAAAUCGGUAAUUUCUGCACCAUUUUUUGGAAACCCGCGAACAAUCCACUAGUACGUUGGCGUGAUGGUUUUGUGCUGAUGGUGAAUGGAUAAUCUGGUAAGCUGUUACAAAUCACGCCCCAACCCAACGGGCACGUUUGUGUGUCGCGCACACGGUCCGAAUGAUUUCCACAUUCCCGAAAAAACCCUCCGAUUGCAUGCGGCAUGGUAAGCGAGUAAGAGUGGUGAUUGAUAAAAUAAAAUCAUCUACUCGGUAGUUCGAUUUUCCCAACUCCCGAGCAGGCCGGGUUUGGUUUGAUGAGGCCACGAGCACAGCAGCAUGUAAUCGGGGAAACAAGGAAAUGCGGGCGUGUCCGGCCCGAUGGUUACUCGCUUUAUCAGCAAACGAGGGAAAACUUUCCACACUUACCGUGUGGGACGACACGUACGACACGGGGGUGGCAAAUGUAAAUCGAUAUGGGAUGCCGGGAAAACCUCACAUGCGGACAGCUUGAUCCAUUCGAUUCUCCGGUUUCCGGCAGAGUGAGGGGAGGAAAUUACAAUUCGUUUGCCGGCCGCGGAACGGGAAACAACAAAUGGUGUGUCUUCAUUAUAAUUUAAUUUCGCAUAUAAAUGAUACAUCGUGUAAUGCGUGCAAAUGAAUCGUCCGGUUCGGUUGAUACGCGGGCUGUGUACGAUACUUCGACAGCUUGAGCCAAUACCUGGGGCAAGUACAAAUUGUAAUUAUUGCACUUUAAAUUGUAUUCGCAUCAGCGGCGUUGCAUCAGCUGCAGCUGCUAUGGUUCGAAUUUUUGCACAAAUUGUGUCAUGUGAAUUAUUUCAGCGACAGCCAAUAAAAGAAUGAUGGAAUAUGGAAGCAAGGAACACAAAAUCGACAACGAACCAGAGCACACUGCAAUAUGGUUCCUUUCCGAUACCGUACAAGUGCUUUUAGCUACCGGUUUUAACCUCAUCCGCCACUAGUCUUGUGAUGGCUGAAGAGAGGGAUCUGACCGUCUGCACGGUUCGUUCAGCAAAAUGUGUCCCGAAGCAGGAUCGUGUUUCGUCUUGUGCUUAUCGUAAUGAAAUAAAGUGCGGAGAAACUUAAUAAAGCUUCCGAACAGUGGAAGGAACUACCACCAUCGUAAGCAGUGUGCAAUCCAUUUUCAUUCCUGUCAAUAUCGUCGUGGUCCACGUUUGCUUAAAACUGCAUAUGCAACCUACUGUCGAUGCGCAAGGGCAUGGACACACACACUCACUAACACUUGCGUUACUGGGUUAGGAUCCGUGUGAGACGAGGAUCAUUUCAUUGGCAGGAUAUUGGAUUACCGUGGCCUCGUCUUGCAUGGGUGACUAUUUGCAAGCGUGCAAUACACCAAGAUGGGGCCAAUAUAGAACCAUACAUUCUAAUGUUUUUUUCUCCCUUGAUCGUUUUAUUUUUCCAUCAAUGUUUAGUAAUGAAACGAUAGGAGGAGGUUUUUUUAUAAAUGGUCCUUUAUUUUCGCUUGGAAAAUAGUGUCGAUGAAAUUUUAAAUUUAGUUCAAUUUACUGCACUGCUGCAAGGAGAUGUAGUACAGUUCAUAACAUACAUAUAAAACCACAUAUAUUUUAUAAUAAUAAAGGUUAAAUAUGAAAAUGGUGAACAGGUAGAAAAAAUACAAGAAUCUAUACGGCCAUUUUCCCCACAAUCAAAAAAAGAAAAGAUGAAAAUUAUGUGUAAGAAAAUCUGUUCUUGAAGAACGUCCUUUACUGCUAUAAUUUUUUUUAAUUUCCCACAUAUAUUAUUGCAUUUUGUUUUUGAGUUAACACAAAUUGUUAUGUACAAGUUUUAUAUUUUUAUCCUCUAGCAAAAUAUUUUACGGAUAUACGGAUAUAAAAUUUCUUCAAACGUAUUAUUUUUUUUAAAUAUUUCAUUUAUUAGAAAUAUGUUUUUGCUCAUUUAAGUGUUGUUAUAGCUACCAUACAAUAUUUUAAGCCCUGUUUUUUUUAUAAAUACAUCCAUAUGAUUUUCUAGAACAAAAUAAACGCCAAAAGAAAUGUGAAGCGCAACAUAUAGUAAGCCGCUUUAUAUGCGAAAUGCAUGUCGAUAAACGACUUCAACAAAUAAUUACUUCUGUAUAUCUGGUGUCAGUGUCAGUGAAUUCUAAAAUGACCUAUUUAUUUUCUGAUCUACAAGCAUGCUUUAACCGUAGAGUUGGCAACCAAAUUUACACACGUAAGUUGGCAACCGGCAUACCCGGGUAUUCCAUACCUUUUGACGCAUACAAUUAAUGGUUUUUUUUAAUUAUAUUAUAUAAAUUAUAUAGUAAAUACUAUACUAUACUAUAAUAUACUAUAAUAAUAAUAAUAUAAUGAUAAUUAAAGAUUAUCAUUUAUUAUAUUUUUUUAGAUACGAUAAUACUAACGAUCCAUUUGAAAUUUUAAAUCCGAAAAGAAUAAGAAGAGAAACGUCAUUCUCCAUACGAAAUGUAUGGAAUACCCGGGUAUGCUGGUUGCCAACUUACGUGGUAAAGUUUAAAAUAAAUCAAAAUAAAAUACUUAUUGUUUGUUUAAAAUUACAAUUUUUGUACCAAAAUUCGGAAAUAAAAAGUUGGGAGGCUACAGAAAAUUUCAGGUCAAUACAAACAAUGAAAUAAAAGUUAUUGCAGUUCAAAGUAGAAAAAAAUACCCGGGUAUCCGGUUGCCUACUUGAAGGUUAAACUUAUUGUCUAGUUUUUUGCUUUAAAAAAUCAAGUGAACCUAAUGUUAUGUAACGCACUGUAGCUAGCUGAUACGCGGAUGGAAAAAACUUAAAUAGACUCUCGUUUUCAUUCUGUCUUACAUAGUAGGGAAAACAAAAGUGUUAGACGCUGUGAAAACCCUCCAACAACAGGCGCACCUAAUUCCGGAAGACCACAGAUUGGAAUCUAGGGUAAAACCGGGCUCAAGGAAAUCUGUCUCGGGCACACGGACAUGGGACGUAAUUCGUUGCUAUAAAUAUAAUGUGACACUUUUAUUAUGAUUAUAUCGUAUGUUGGGAUAGGCAACUGGCACAGUGUGUUGUGGCUCGUGUUUAUAAUAAGCAGCAACGGUGGAUGGAGAACGCAUCCUUUGUCCCGGAUAUAAGGGGUUUUCACCAAAUGGGUGACUAAAGAGGCAAACACGCCGGAAGCGUGUGAGUAAGCUCAAGUACGUAAUUUACCAAAGCUUUGCUGUUCAUUUUUUGUUUUCACUUCUGUCUUCCCGUCUCAUCUCAUGUGGGCGAAGGGGUUUUUUGUGUGUUAUUGCUAUUGCGAGAAGAAGAUGCCGUGAUUGUGUGCGCUGGGUCAAAGAGAUAAAGAACUAGUGCGAUGUGUGUAGCAACAGAGGAACCAGGAACCGGAGACAACGUCGGCCGGUUGAGGACCAUCGCUCGAGAAAUAGAUACUUUACCCUAUCGGGGUCCCAUUUUUCCUAUCGGUCGAACACGGUAAAGCCAACGUCUGAGCCACGGCAAUGUUCAGCCAAGUGGAUAAAACUCGCUUUAUUACGAUGACUAGCGGAUGCCCUAAACUCCCCUAACGUCUGCAGGGAUUUAUCAACCCCGGUCCGAAAAUCGGCUCACAGUGACGUAUCGGUAAAAGUGGUUCUUCCCAGUAUGUGCCCGAUCGGGCCGUUUCUUGGGAUCGGUUCGGCAAAAUAAAAGUACGGUCAAAGGAUACGUGAUACUUGUGGGUGAAGUUCAUUUCAUCCUUUUUGCGGGUAUACGGCUAAAGCACGCUUAUCAGAAUGCCAUAAGUGAUACGUAACGAAGCCCCUGAUUGCUCUCCUUUUGAUCAUCAAGCGUCAUCAUAAGGUGCACGUGAGGUGAGGAUCGUCGAAAAAUGGUUUAUCCAGUUCGUUACCACCGUUCAAUAAAGGCCAAGGGAAACGGAAGAACUCUGUGCUGCUACUCCGUGGAAGGUUUGCAGGCCGGUAAGGUUCAUACGGGCACUCCUUCGACGAAGCCAUCUUGGGUUAUCCUCCGUUCGGAUAACCCUUUCAUGGCGAUACACUUUCACCACCUUCAGCGAACCAUUAGCAUAGGUUCUUCUUUAUGUGAUGAUCUCGUCGGUUCUUCUCUUUCCGGUCGACCGUGUCUUUCGAUUAGUGUUUGCGUGGAAUGGGGCGCGUGUAUUAAGAACUCAUUACGCGAAACUAAUUAUUCAUGCUUCUGCCUUAAUGCAUUGUUUACCUGUCCCAUGUAGCGCUCCUUUAGGUUUCAGCCACCCGGUGCGAGUCCUUGGCCCGCGGGAUGGGUUGAUUUUUUGACCUUCGCACUUAAAAAAAGAAUGAACCGCAUGACGCGGUAGCAUCGUUCAUUAUCCUUAUUUGCAUAAUUUACUCAACCUUUUUAACUGUUCGCCAUCGCACAGCCUUUCGAUUUCGCAUUGUUCUUUGUUUGUUUAUCUUUUUUUUGUUGCUUUCAAUAGCUUUAAAUGGGUGCUUAAUGGUGGAGGUUCGCAAUUAACUUAAAAUUUGCAGUGUUUAUCCUUCGCUGUUUUACUUUUCAUAUUUCUCGCAUGAUCAUGAAAUUUCCAUUUUUCACUAGAACAGUGUUUUGUGAAGAAUUUUCUCUUGUGUUUUUUUAAUGCUAUCGUAAGUGAUGGGAGCUUUGUAAAACUUAAUAAAAAAUAAUAUCUAAAUUUUAAACUGAAUAAAACCCAAAUUCGAGUCUAUUGCUAUGAAAAUUCCUGUAUUUGUGAAUACUGUAUUUGUCCUAUGAAUAUUCCUGUAUACGAAACACUUGCUAAAUGUGUCUAAAUAUUUUCCCAAAGCCCUAAAAACUUGGAAAGUUAUUAUGGUUAGAUUAUGGUUAGAACUUGUUUCUCUUGUUCGAGAUCGAAUCACGAAUCGAGCCCCGCCACGUAAAAAUUAACGCAUCUUAAAUUAUGGCACAUAAUUGAAUAGUCGACGACAGUGCCCAACGGCUGCCCAGCGGUUAUUGAAACGGGUCCAUGUUUGGACACGCUCUGUCCUGAUUAGUGUCGAUACGCUCGCAGACACGCAGGGGUGCUACGCUGAGUGUUGAAUAAAUUUACAAUAAAUUCUCGCCCAUCCUGAAAGGCAAGAAGACAAAAAAAAACCACAACACACUAAAAACCCGAAACACAUCCCGGAGAAGAAAGCAUCGUAAUUUAAAAAUCCCUGCAUGAUGCAAACUCAAUUCGUCGUUUGCAUUGUGAUCAGGGCAACGGAUCAGGGGAGGGUUAGAUAUGAGGGCGGAGAGAUGCUGAAAAAUCUUGACCGGAUAUCGAAAAUAUUGAUGGCUAGCACGGUUGGAGCUAGCGACACGCUUGUCGACAAGUCGAGUGGUCAUUUGUUCGGGAUGUUUACGAGAUGUGCCCGGCUUUCUUGUGCUAUGGAGGUUUUGGAAAUUAAGAUUUUUCCUUCCCCGAGAGGGGUCGUUCGGAGGGAUUCAAUAUUUUUCCUAACCGGAUUCCUGUCACCAUCUCCCUUCUCCCAUGUUCCCUCCUAAACGGAAUAAAACCAUUUAUUCUACUCUCAUAAGAAACGAAGUUUGUGGAGGAAGAAAAAAGGAGACAAAAGGAAACCACAUCGGACUCGGUCUCAAAAAACCAAGUCAAACUCAUCAAUAAUACUUGUAUUGCGAAGUGCGCACGACUGCACAAAACCAUAAUCUUCAGAUACACUAAAAUGCCCGUAUAUUGAUAUCACGAUCUCAAUUUAAACUUUUGCAUUUGGCAUCUUUACCGGUGCACCGUUUGUUCUACGAACCACACCAUACACCACGUACCAUGGUACCGUCGAAUGCAGCGUUGGAGAAUGCUCGGUGCAUGAAAACCACAACAUCGAGCGAAUGGGAGCAAGAUAUUGCAUCGAUUAGAUUAAACUUCGUAGGUUUCCCGGUUUUGCCCACGAGCCUGAACGUGAACGUGAAACCCAUUGAGUUCUUCCUUUUUUUCCUCCUCUUUCUACGCUAACCGCAAAUAGUCAGUUUAUAUUUCAAACAUUGUGGUUAUGAUCGGCGUUUGCCAGAUCUACAUAAGAUCGUCAUAGCUGGGAUUGGAAACGGCGUGUGUGUCUUUUCAAAGCAUCCCAAUGCACGGACUAUGAACCAACGUAAGUGGAGGCAUCCGGCUGCGAAGUACUUCCAUCGGGCUCUUAUCUGAGCACCCGUAGCCGUUUCUAGCAUGUGAAAACAACAAUCAAGUUAUGAUACGAUGAUCCUUUCAGAUUCCGCACAACUUUAUGCACAGAUGCCUCCCGUACCGAGAGCAUUUAACCGAGUUGAGUCAUUGGUAGCUGUGUUUGGAUUGCUUUGCCCAAUGAUUGUGAGUGACCUUUUUCUUCAUGUUGUAUCUACUGGUAUUGUUGCAAUUGUGGAUGUUAACUUAAAUCUUUUCCUCUCCAUCCCGGAGAGAUGCAUGCACUGCAUAAAUAAAUAAAAUAAUCAUUUCCAACAUAAAUAAGUGAUCUGAAUGGUUGGAAAUCGGUUGGUUAAGGCAUUUAAGGAAUUUUAUUCUUCUUGAGGAUAGGAUUUACAGGAAUCCACACCAAAGCUCUCUUUUUCAUAUUCGUUAAUGGCAUGCAUUGUACGUUAUUUAUUGGUGUUCGGUUGAAAAUCCUUCCACCAGGUGGUGUCAUGAUGCUUAUUUUAUGCCUUAUCUGCACCAGAUUCAUGCAGCACGACUCCAGCAUCCAUUCGUCGUGACAGUCUUGUCGAGAUUGUUCGUUUUUUUUUAAUGUUGGUGCCCCACCGCUACGGUACUCUAUCACGUCCAGAACCUUGUGCAGCCAGUGUCACCUGGAUGUGGAAGCAAAAAUCAAAAACAAAAAACCCCAAGAAAAGACGAGCUUACGGCCACGACCAUCUCACACGAUAAUAAUGCAAUUGCACGAAAAGUGAGACCUGAGAUAAAUCAUUGGAUCGUUCGGAAGUGCAGCGAAAUGUUGGUGGAGAACUUCAACAAUCUGCUGUUAUUACACAAUCUUCUCUUAAUGCUCUUUAUGGUGAAGUCUUUGCGCCCUCUUGCUUUGCCUGAUGCCCGAGGACUCAAACUACCAUGGCAGAUUGCUAUUGGUUUUGGCAGCGGUUUGCACAACUCAUAAAACGCAGUUCGAGCACUUGGCGUCCUUCACAUCAUGCGAAGCGAGUAAAAAUCCUGCUGUGGCAACUGCACUGCGCAAAGGCAUCUCUAACCAAACCAUAUUACAUUGGAUGCUGUCGAAAAGGUACCGUCAGCAAGCAAAAGUAUAAAGUAAAGCUUCAACCAUCCAUCUUGGGCGAGGGGAAGUAGCGGGGGGUGGUUGGGGGUUUAAAGGCAGAAGAAAGCCGCGACAGCGGGAAAAAAAGAAGACAAACAUAACACACGAAAAAGAUUACAACACGUUGUAAAUUUGUACGGUGUCUGUCUUUGUCGCGUCUGGAAGGUAAAAGUACCCUCAGAUAGGAUCUUUCUUUCUUUCUUUGUCUCUCGUUGUGUGUUUGUGCUUCAGUUCACUUGGAGUCGUUUAAAAAUAUCACAAAACCGUCAGUGUAUAUGUGCUCCUGAGUGGAUGAUGAUCCUUGAGGUGGUCCAACUGUUGCUCAUAAAUCUGUGCUGCUCAGCAGACGGUUUAUAGCCGACACGGGUGAACGGUGUUACACUUGUUUUGGGCGAUGAAAUAUGGAGACGAUUACUCUAUUUUACAAGACCGUAAGACCACGUUUUCGGUACCGGCCUUUGGGCAUCAUGCUAGUGUUAUUAAUAAUCGAAAAGAUCCUCUUCAUUUGCUAGGGAGAUAUUUUCCUCGUGAAGAUGAAUCAUUCCGUCCACUUUUUUGGGGAAUAUUUUACAAUGGGGGAAUAGCAUUUUAAUAAAAAGCUUCAUGUUUCUUGUUAAAAGAUUUCAUUAAGCAAGCGUGGCUACUUUUGUUUGACGAUGUGUUAAAUUUGUUGUAAAUUUUAAAUUCUCACCUUACUCUUUUCUUGAUUUUAUACCUUCAGAAUCACAUACUCUUUCAAUAUUGUUCAUGAUUCCCUGUAGCUUCUCAAAUGGUGUCAGCUUUCCAAAAAAACCGCAUCCUCUUUGCACCAUUUUUUUCUUUUUGAAAAGGGGCACACACGCCAAUGGGUGGUAAUUUUCUGCACAGCACACGAAGACGCGUCACGCUGUGUUCCUGUUAAGAGCCCUGCUCCAUCCGUCGGUUCAAAAGGUGCUGAAGCAUAAAUCCUACCACUCGCACGGGCUUAUCCUUUGCCCCUCGGUCCCAGAGUUACGGGGACUGUGGCGAUUUAAUGAAAUCCGGCAAAAUCUCAAUCUUUCGGAAGAUUUUCCCGUGCCUUCGCCCGGCUUCGGGUUGACUAUUUCCCUUUUUGUCACCUGUUUUGCACGAGACGCACAUUCACCCGGCAAAGGUGUAAUAAAUUUCAACUUCAGUGUUAGGGAUUUUCUUCGCUUUUUUUCAUUUUUUCCCCCUCAAUUCUAGUUACCACGGUUGGAUUAUAGCGAAGUCAAAUGAAUAUGCCACCAUUUAUUCGCGACGUUUUCUAUUUUCUUUGUCUCCGAACACCGUUCUUAUCGGGUGACACAAAUAAAAAGCAAAUUUCAAAAGAGAUUUGUUUGAAAAAGGUGUGAUACGGGGUACCGGUUUCCCUUUCGUGGUCGAUUACUCGCGCGGGAAUGUGGAGUGGUUUAAUAAUAAAGCCAAAAGUCAACAAAACUUUUAAAGCAUACCCCGUGGGCUGUCAGUUUUUUUCGGUAAGGUGACACAGAGUUCUUUCCGAUAUGGAUCAUCUCAAUUUUUGCAUCAUCCAGCGAUCCCAUUAUGCCAUCAAAAGGUGUAAGGUUAUGUCAUAUUGUUCAUACUGUUUUAUCAGGUGUAUGAGAAUUGCGCCCUAAAGUAUGCAAUCCGUUUGGCUGGAGAGGAUUACUUGUGCCAGUGAAGGAAGGAGAAGAGAGCAACGACUCGUAUACUAACAUUUUACAUAGCACAAAGCUUAAGCUUUGUAGCGAGUGGUGGGUAGUUUUUUUUAGUACACGUACCAAGAAGAUGCACCACGAGCUCUAUUACUCACUAAAGGUUCUAUUCUACGUGAGGUGGAUAUGAUGCUGCAUGGAUGUACCUGCUAUCUUGUCCCAUCCUAUUGCACGCAGUGAACUGUGUAGCAUAUUUUGCAUGCUUAUGAAUAAUUUAUUCUUUUCCCAAGCUGUCGUUGCAGCCCCUCUGCUGCUAUACCACCUUCGCCUUGUUUGGCUGUUUAUUUAAACAUUUUCUGUGUGGCUUUCUUUUUUUUGUUGUUGCUGUUGCGCUCUACGCCACCCUUGUGUGUCGCUGUUCUUUUCUAUUUUGCACUGUCACUGCAUUACAUCCCGAACGAGCCUUCAGCCUGGCAGCGUUGUAGCGUAUGCAGGUCUGAUCUCAGCUUCCCUGUUUCGGGCAUUAGACCGUGAGCUCCAUAUAUCAUCCUACUCUGGGGCUGGAACUUCACUGUGGAGUACCACUUCACCGUUCGUAGGUUGGCACGACAGACGAACAGCCGCCAGAUAAAAGAAUAUCUUUUGCCAUACACAGUUCCACUGUUCCAACCGGCAACGAUAUGUGCAGUUGCGCCACUGAAACAACCAUCGGAGCAUCCUUCCGGGUGCGGUGUUGCGAGUUGCUUGCGACAGACGCCUCGGAACUGUUCCCAUGUAUAUCAUUUUACGAUUUCUUCACCUUGUUAGCAGUGCGGGGAAGAAAAAAUAAAUAAACUGCAACAGGCAAAAAAGCAACACACAGGCCAGUCGCUCCUGUCCUCUUCGUUACACCGUUAAACUGUCUAUCGGCAGUCAACUUCCCACUUCUAGUCGACGUACCCAUCAAUAGCUGGUAGCUUUUCAACCGUUCCGCAUGCGUCGCCGCUUCGCUUUGAUAGUGCCCGUUGCGAACGGUGCAAAAGCGCAAAAUAACGAACCGAAAAGCGUAAGAAUUCCACCAAACAUCGCAUCGCUGCGCGAGAGAAUAGACGAAAUUAGUGUCAUUUUCAUCAUUAGCACACACUUCAGUUAAAUGUCAUCAUCAUUAUCCCAUUUGCCGUCGGUGUGGCAGCGUGCUAGCUCUUGGGGUCCCCCUAUCACUCAAUUUGCCAUAAUUAGCGUCGGAAAACAGACAGGGAGAACGAGAUUUGGAAAAUUUUCCGCGCCAUGGGGUCCAUCACCCAUCCGCGCGGGUGGGUAAGUCAGUUUGGAAAAGUGCCACUCACGCACACCCCCAUCCCUUACCAUGUACAACUGACGAUCAUGUUGUAUGUCACCCCCAAGCGUGUCCCGGUUCUAAUCGCGCGCUUGACACGGUGAAUGUUUUUUUUCUUGUCACGCAAAGAAGUACGAUACAAAAUGGGGCCUCACCCACCCUUGAGGUGGUGCCCACUUCAAGGCGAUCUGCAUUGGGUUUUGGGUUGAGUUGUUAUGAGCUCGUGGUGUGAAGGUAAAAACUCAUUUGGAAACCUUUGCAAAACUUGCAAGCUCCGACGGUGGUCUCUUUCUGUCUGUUGUGUUGGUUUUCGGUAGGUUUUAUUUGAAAAAGGGUACAGAACCUUCAUAGAAAUGUUAUCAUAAGCUUAACACUGCUGCGAAUUGAAUUCACAAUUAGGGGUUGUUUGUUAUGAUAAUUUGACAAUUCGUUUGAUUUAAUUGUUAUACAAUUAAUUACUUUAAUUAUAAUUUCAUCUGAUUGCGUUUAGGAUGAUUGUAUCUUUUGCGAAUGAAUACUCUGUUUGUUUACAAACACUUGUUUGUCACAUGCCAGCAGUGAAUUUGGUUUUGUUGUUUUGUUUUGAUAUAGUUUUUAGCAUUUCUUUAAAUUUCAUGUUAUUCCAUCACUGUAUUAAUACAUUUCUUCAUUUUCUUCUUCCUUAUUUUAAAGUGUUCUGUUUAUCUGUCUAUCUUUUUUUGCUUUCGUUAUUCUUAUUUUGUUAUUUCUUAUAUUUUCUUUUGUUCUUAUUUUGUUUUUUGAUAUUUUAUUUUUGUUUUAUCAUUAGUACCAAGUGCAUGGUAGCUUCAUUCGGAAUUGAUUUAACUGUGAGUUAAACUAUCGCAAAUUGAUUAUUGACAGCCGGUAAUGAAAUGUUUUAAUGAUUCUAAGAAUUUUCAUUCCGCACAGUGGUUGAAGCGUUAGAUGUAAUUAAAAGAUUAUUACAUACGAACCCUUUUAUGUAUCCGCGCAUUUUAAUGAUUCUUGGAACAAAUCAAUAUAAUGUGGUGCCUGUUUAAAGGCACCGACAUUCGUUUACUUUGGCUGUGCAUCACUUUGUUCUUCGACCGACGUUCUUCGCGUCAAACCAUUCCCACGCAAACCGCGAACUUGUAAAACGGUGCUGAUGUCUUCAUCACUGUCGCCACAGCUUUCCCGUAGCGUGCUGUAAUUGUGCAUCACACUUCUCGACUUACGCGCCAUGGAACUUUGCACGUGUUUCGAUCGCUGAUGCACCGUCCGACCGACAACCCUCGAGCAGGACGCGUUGCACUCUCGCUUUGAACUGUAGCUGUAAUUAGGGUUUCAAAAAUGUGACAUGUUUAGGCUGUUGCAUUUACACUUCAUUCUUGCUUAAUCGUCGCCGGAAGGGCAUUCAUGUGUUCUGGAGUUGCCUAGCUGGCACAACGAAUAGAACCAGUUACCACCCAGAAUGGUACGGCCGAUCCGGCAUCGUUUUAAAGCUCUUAUUCGAACCGGUUAUGGAACAGUGUUUAAAUAUUGUAAACUGUUUUCUCUUACUGCGCCCAGAAACGACCACGAUUUGCAAGAGGGAAAAAACAGCUUAGCUAAUGGAGAGAAACAAGAGGGAAAAAAAACAUUUCCAAAGUUCAACUCUUGAACCUUUCCGAUCGGAAGAGUAACCGAGCAUGGAAAUGGGUAAAGUUAAUUUAAUUACACCCAAUCCCACGAUCCCAACCAACUCAAGGAAGGUGAAGAAACGCCCACCAGCGCUCCAUAAAUAUCCAUCGAGUGCGGGAAAUCUAUGUCUGUCCCGUUAGGGGUUUCGAUCCGCGGUUACUGCCAAAGUGAUCUUUCAUCGAAAUUAUGAAAUAAAUCUUCCUCCAAAUGAUAGAUAUUUACUGUGCCACACACACAUGCACAGUUACCCUUCAUCGAACUCAAUGAUCCCACUCAAUGUAGGCAGGUUUGGACACAUCCGCCCAUAUACAUCCAAGGUGUAGGUAUUUGUUCAUCCCCAGUCUACACCGUUUGACGAAGAUGGCAUUCUGAUGCGGAUAAAGAACCCCUCCCGAAGGUGACGGUGUCGAAGAAUUCGUAUGGCUGCAGGAUCAUCUUCUUACAUGCGCCAUUAGAAAAAAAGUGCUUUUCCACUGGCAACCACGUUCGGUGGAAAACUUUGUCGCAAACUGAUGGCCAAGAGGUCCAGGGCCAAGAUGUGUAGGGAAACCUUUCUUUAUCACAAUGUAUCGUAGGCAAUAGUACUAGCUGGCAGUUGAGAUACGGCUUAUAAGGCAUCAAGGAGGAAGGCAAAUAAAUGAAGAAUGGAGACAGAGCGACGGAUGCCCUUACGCCCUUUCCGAGGAAGGCGAUUAUCGAGUUCCAAAGAUCCAUCCCAGCCCAGGGUUUUGGGUGGAGUAUCCGGCGUGUUAAUAACACACACGCCGGAGUGCCAGCAGGGACGACUUGGUGGACCCAUCUCGAGUUUGAAUGCUUCCCAUCUCGCCAGCACACGGUCGCGCGUUUCAAGACCGCAAAAGAUUAGAUAUAACCGGCUCAUGAUUUAUGCGGUUUUGUUCUGCAACUUGCUGCACACCGCCGACCCACGGAUGGGGUGCGGCGGUCGAAAGCGUGUACGCGAUGGGAUGCGAUCUGAUGGAAGCAUUGGUUGGUGUGUCAGCGUCAUGAUUCUAACCUGCCCGGUGGUUGACCAUCAUUUAUUCUUGGGUUUGCUAUCGCGCCACGGAUAGAAACCCGUUACAUCACCGUUAAAACCCUUGGACCGGUGUCUGCGGCUUAGCGUACGAAGAUAAAAAAUCCUUCACCCGUGUGGUUGGUGCAGUAAAAGCUCUGCGAUACGUACCGUGGAAUCAUUAAUCCCUGGUAUCGGCCAUCGGGCCGUAAUCAUUAGUGACGAAAAUGCACACUGAAGAUGACAACGGCCCAAUGCGGCCGUGAUGAUGCUCGAGCGCAAAGCAACAAACAAACGAACCACCGUACCGUGAUCGUUAAAAGCGAUGAGUUUCGAUUGAGCGGAUAUUAAAAUGAAAUGUCAAACUAUCAUUUUACUCUCGGUUGCGAUAAAAAUGUCAUAUACAAUUCUAAAGUUCUGGUCGCGACAUUGCCGCAUAACAUGCGACCAUAAAGCUAGCUAACGCUUCUCGGAAGCUUCGUGUUCAUUGAUAGAUGAUGUGUCGUAACGCCCUCCUCUUCAAACGGUUCUUGCGUCCAAAACAUCUGGAGGUUGGGUAUAAAAACCACACGAUCUGGCACUCAAUUACGUUCCCACCCCAACCAUGCAAGAACGAUCAUCUCCCCAAGCCAGCUUUCUAUUUGCCUGAUUGCAGGCAACAGGAAGAAAGUAAUGCUUUUUUUUUCUUUCUUUAUUUAAACGCUACGAAAAAGUUCUACGUUGGUAAUAAAAAAUAAAUAAAUGACCACACUUCAACCUAUCAUAAGCAAUAAAAUAACCACGAAAGGGUGGAAAGCAAAAAUAAAUUUUUAUACAAAAGCUCACACCGAGAAAUUAUUUUUAUGAAGCAUUCCAGCAUUCUUUAUGAUCGAAUUGUCCACACACACAAAUACCGCAUGGGGGAGGGGAGGGGGCGAGGAGGAAUCGUUUAUUCAUCGAUACCAAUCGUAUGAAAACAACGCCCUAACGCAGUGGUCGACAAUCGUCCUAGUACUAAGAGUCGAAUAUUGUAAAAAUACACAAUGAAUUAAUUUUGAAGAGCCGAAAUGAGAAAUGUUGUCCCAAAAAUGAAAAAAACCCUGAAUUUAAAAUCAACGAGUAGAUCUCAAUGUUACAUAAAAAUGUCUUCAAUG